AUGAAGUAUCUACACAGCUCCCUCCUCCUCCUCAUCCUCCACCUACCUUCCAGUGCCCUCACCCCCUUCCCCUACCUCUACGAGAUGCACCACAAGUUCUCCCCCCCACACCUCCCACUGCCCACGAAGCCCAUGAAUAUGAGUACCUGGAUGUCACACCUCCCCUUCCACACACCCCUCAACACACUCUCUAUCCCCGGCACCCACGACACCAUGGCCUACCGCGCCAACCGCCUCCCCAAGUUCACCACCACACAAACCGGCACACUGUACCAGCAGCUCCACGCCGGCGUCCGCUUCAUCGACAUCCGCGCCCGCCACUACCGAAACACCUUCGAGAUGCACCACGGUGUCGUGUAUCUCGGCACAAACUUUACGUUCGUCGUCCGUAUGCUCCACGCCUUCCUAACGGGUCCCGGCAGCUCCGAGGUCGUGCUCAUGCGCCUCAAGGACGAGCAACACGCACAGCGAAAUACACGCACGUUUGUGCAGACGCUUGAGUGGUACAUCGAUGUGCACGAGGACACCGUGGAGAUGUUGACGGACCUGCUGUGGUUCCCUGGGGAUACGAGCAGGCGGCUCCCACUGUUGGGGGAGGCCCGCGGUAGGGUCGUCGUGUUGAGGGAUUAUGAUGCGGAGGGCGCAACGUAUGAGCUCGGCCUGCCGUAUACGGACGAGAAGAGGAUCAAGAUCCAGGAUCACUAUCAGUUGUACACGUACCUAGAUGUGAUCAAGAAGAAGUGGGACCUCAUCAUCAACUUCUGGCGGGAGUGGAUCUCCUUCUUCAACUCUAUUCUUGACGCCUCCGUCCCCGCUACUAAUCCACAGGAUCUCCCGUUGCUGGUAAACUAUCUCUCUGGCGCAUCGCUGUUCUGUGUGCCGCGCAACGUGGCGACGAAUGAAGCAUGGGGCAUCAACAACCGCGUGCAGUUCUUCCUUAGGACGGCGUGGGAGACAGCGUGGGAUGCGGCAUUCCCGGCCUGGAGAGAGGAGUUUGUCGAGUUGAGGGGUGAGACAUUGGGCGUCGUGGUAUGGGACUUUAUAAACACGAGAGCCUCGAGGCUGGUGGUGAGCUUUAAUUUUAGAGGUGUAGAAGGGUGGGAUUGGUCGGAGGUGGGGUUUUGGACGGCGGGCGAGAGAUGGGAGUUUAAAGAGUGGAAUUAA